AUGGCCAACUGGACUGAGCUAAAUGAGACACUGGGGGCAGGAUCCCCAUCAUCCCGUCUGGUUGGGCUCAUCCCAGCUGCCUUCCUGGAGGUGGUGACCCUUCUGGCCAACGGAACCGUGCUGGCUGUAGUGCUCCGCACCCCUGCCCUCCGAAAGGCGAUCUACCUUGCCCACCUGUGCCUGGUGGACCUGUUGGCUGCCAUCUCAGUGAUGCCCCUGGGCCUGCUAGCGGCUCCCCCGGGCCUGGGAACCGUGUACCUGAGCCGGGGCCAGUGCAGAGCUGCCCGCUUUGUCACUGCCACGUUGGUAUCAGCCUGUACCCUGACGCUGGCUGCCCUUGGCCUGGAGCGCUACCGCUACAUCCUGCAUCCGCUGAGGCCCCGGCCUCGGCCCCCGCCGAUCUUGGUGCUAGGGAUCGUGUGGGCUGUGUCUGGUCUCCUGGGGGGGCUUUCCCUCCUGGGCCGGCCUUCUCCAAACUGCUCCUUGGUGGCUGGUCCCCCAGGACCUUUCCGGCCUCUCUGGGCUAUCCUAGCAUUUGCCCUGCCUGCUCUGCUCCUCCUGGUCUCCUAUGGCAGCAUCUUCCGUGUGGCCAGAUUAGCAGCCCUCCGCCCACCACCCCCUGCUCCUGGCCCACGGCCCCGCUCAGACUCGCUGGACAGCCAUCUGUCCAUCCUGCCACCCCGGCUGGCCAGCCCCCACCUGGUAGGGGGCAAGGCAGCCCUAACAUUGGCACUGGUCGUGGGUCAGUUCCUUGGUUGCUGGCUGCCUUUCUUUGCUGCAUGUCUGCUGCCUGGGCGCUGGAGCAUAGGGGUAGAGGUGGCCCUCACCUGGCUGGCCUACUCUUCCUUUGCUGCCCACCCUUUCCUCUACGGCCUCCUGCAGAGGCCUGUGCGUGAGGAGCUGAGCCGUCUGGCCCGAGCCUGGCUCCGAGCAGUACCAGGACCCUGGCACUGCCCACCAGGAGCUUGGCUCCCCCAGAGCUUCCUGAAGCUCCUCCGGGGAGACCCAGAGAGCCCAGCCUUGGAUCCUUCCGCUGGCCAGGAAGCAAACACCAUGACUGCAGAGGGGCCUGGCCUGGACCAGGGAGGGAGCACCUGA